AUGCUCAGACCAAUGUUUUACAACUACACUUUUCUCAUCUCGAGUAUUGCCCCCCGCCCCAUCGGUUCCGUCAGCACAAUAUCCUCCGAUGGCAAACACAACUUAGCUCCAUUCAGUUACUUCCAAGUCGUGGACCAUGACCCUCCAGUCUUUGUCAUCGGCUUCUCUGGACGCGCUGAAAGGCCCAAAGAUACUUUGCGCAACUUGAAGGAGACGGGCGAAUGUACUUUCAACAUUGUUUCUGAAGAUAUUCUUGAAGCUGUCAAUGUAACUUCAGUGGAUGCACCGUAUGGUGUCUCUGAAUGGGCGCUUUCUGGGCUCACGAAAGCUGAUAGCACUACUGUCAAGGCUCCCAGGGUCAGGGAAUCAGUGGUCUCUAUCGAGGGUAGACUUUGCGAGAUCGUUGACUACAACACUUCGAGAAAGCCGGUGGGUGCUCAUGGUGCUUUGGCCGUUAUCGAGGCGACUAGGUUUUGGGUUGCUGAAAGCGCCGUUGAUGAAAACGCAGUCAUGUUGAGCUGA